UUGAACCAGCGAUAGAUAAAAGGAGUACGAUACUAGCCAGAAACAGAGACACCGAUGCGGUAGUGGGGCUGAGCGUGUGGCCGACCGAGUGCUUACGGGACCGCAGUUGAUGGCAGAGCUGUCUUUCAGCGCGAUGGAUACGGCCUCGGCUCCGAACAACGUUUCCAGACUGAAAAACAAACGGCCCGACUCGCAGAGAAUCGAACUGUUGACAAUACCGGAAAAUGAGUGCGUGAAGUUCGGACAGCCCGAGGGUUCAGUGAAUGUGGCCUUUCAGGACCUCAGCUAUUCGGUGACCGAGGGCAUUUUCAGGCGAAAACAUCGUCAAAUUCUGAAGGGGAUCAAUGGGGAGUUCAACGCUGGAGAAUUGACGGCGAUUAUGGGCCCGUCGGGGUCGGGGAAGUCCACCUUAAUGAACAUUCUAGCAGGAUACAUAACAAAAGGGGUGGUUGGCAAACUACUCGUUAACGACGAGUUGAGAGAUGAAAGCUCGUUCAGAAAACAAUCCUGCUACAUAAUGCAGGACGACAGCCUCCAACCGUUGUUAACCGUGAACGAGGCAAUGUCGGUGGCCGCCAACUUGAAAAUGUCCUCUAGUUACAAUCACAAAGAAAAACAACAAAGGGCGAAGGAAAUUUUAGAAUCGAUUGGAUUAUGGGAACAGAGGGGCGUGAAGACUCAAGCUUUGUCUGGUGGACAAAAGAAGAGGUUGUCCAUUGCGCUGGAACUUCUCAAGAAUCCGCAAGUUAUGUUCUUCGAUGAACCAACAAGUGGUUUGGACAGCCUGACAUCCAAACAAUGCAUAAUGCUGCUGAAGCAAAUAGCAGCAACCGGCAGAACUGUGAUAUGUACAAUCCAUCAACCAAGUGCAAUGUUAUUCGAGAUGUUCGACCACCUCUACGUCCUGGCUACCGGAAAGUGCCUCUACCAAGGCUCCAUCAAGGGUCUGCUUCCUUACCUCGAAGAAGUCAACCUCAGAUGUCCCUCCUAUCACAACCCCGCCGAUUAUUUAUUGGAAGUUGCGUCCGGAGAGUACGGAGAUGACUACUUGGGAAUUCUGUCCAAUAAGUCCGACAACGGAAUGAACAGUGACUGGAGGAAGAAGCAAAGGAAUUCGCUGCAGUUCCAGUCCGUGGAACACAUAGAAAAAAUUAUGGAAUCCGGAAGGAUAACACCGGUGAACGCGCCUCCAAUAAUUCCGCCCAAAUUUGUGAAAGCCUACAACCAGUAUCCUACGUCGUUUCUGUAUCAGUUGUACGUGUUGUUAAAGAGGACGUUUUUGAUAUUGAGUCGCGACAGGACGCUAACUUACUCGAGAUUGGGCACACACACCGGCAUCGCCCUCGUCAUAGGGAUUUUAUAUUAUGGCAUCGGAAUCGACGCUUCGAAUAUGCUCAAUAACUUUAAUUUCAUAUUUUUCUCCGUCAUGUUUCUCAUGUUGACCGCCUUCAAUUGUGUCACUACUACUUUUCCAUCCGAGGUACCCAUAAUAACAAGAGAACAUUUCAACAAAUGGUACUCCUUGAAAUCAUAUUACCUUGCUAUAUCAUUAGCAGACAUUCCAAUUCAGGUUGCAGCUACAUUAAUAUACAGUCUCGUUACUUACUUCUUGACACAGCAGCCUUAUGAAAUCCAACGAAUAUUAUCUUACAUAUUCAUAUGCAUAUUAAUAUCUUUGGUUGCUCAAAGUUUCGGCCUUUUGAUAGGAGCUUGCAUGGACAUAAAGAAUGGGGUAAUAUUCGGACCAUUGUGUUUCCUACCCUUCACAAUAUUCUCCGGCUUCUUUGUCCAGCUGCACGACGCGCACCCGUACAUGCGCUGGCUCUUCCACAUAUCCUACCUCCGCUACGGUUUCGAGGGUCUCGUGCUGUCCGUGUUGGAGAACAGGGACAAGCUGCCCUGCAACGCCGACUAUUGCCACUUCGUCUAUCCGAACAAAUUCCUGGAGGACAUGGACAUGCAGGACUCCCAUUAUUCCAUUGCUGUGAUAUUCCUGCUCAGCCUCUUCUUCGCCAUCAGAUUGGCGGCGUACUUUGCCCUGAUCAUCAAGGUGCGGAUGAAGCGAUCGUAAAUACGGCCAAACCUCACUACCUCCGAAAAAUGUCUUCACAGGGUUUCAUGCACGGUUUUCCAGGAAAAUGGUUCAAUGUUUGUUUCUGGGUGUUUGUUGUACGUUUUAUCUGUACUUUUUCGGAUGACUUGGUUCUUAAAAAGACGGUGUGAUACACUAAAAUGUGUUCAGGUAUAAAAGCCAUUGUGAUAACAAAGCAUACAUAUAUAUUUUAAAUAUCUCUUUUAUAGCUGGAUGUGUAAAACUAGGUUUAGGGUACGUUGAAGACUGUGUACUAUAAUUACGUUCGAGUAGCACUCACUCACAAUCAAUUUGCCAAAAAUUUUUAUUGAACAAACAGGGUACUCUGUCGACGAAAACUUGCUCUUGUCAUAGUUAUAGCACACAUUCUGAAAGAAUUAUAAAGAAGUUUGUCAAUUUUAUAAUCACAUAGACUGUUAAAAUAUCAUGCAAUAAAGUUACCAAAGAAAGAAUUGUAACCACAUCAAAUUGAAUUUUUUAGUGUUAUCGCGUUUAGUUUGUACAUAUAAAUAAUACAUCACUGUAUUGAGUGAGUCCAUUGUUACAUUUUGUACGUUGAAUCAUAGCAAUUUUGGUGCUAUGGUUUUAGAAAAACGCAUUAAAGUAUUUUGUAAAAAUAUUUUUUUUAUACGAUUGUGCCAUUAUUACAUAUCAUGUUAGUUUUUAUAAAUAUCGUGACGACUUUUAUGGAUCAAAAAUGGACAAAUAAUUUUAGGACUAUUUAUUUUUUAACAAAUUAUAAGGAUAAUAUGAGAUUGAUUGUGAAUUAAUUAAGAAUAUUUUGCGUUACAUUCCCAGUACUUUAAAUAUUUGCACAUUGUAUUGUGAUUUAUAGAAAUAUAUCAAUAUUUUUGUAGGUA